AUACGUAAAUCUCAGUGCCAAGUUGCCAAAGUUGCCGCCAAAUCUUGUUACGCUCAAUUGACGCCAGCCACAACAAGUUGCAUUAACAAUUGCGAAUACGAAUAAGCGAAUGACUGUGAAUACGAGUGUGAAGCAUGAUAAAAAAAAAAUACGAAAGAAAAUAUAUACACACAAAUGUUUCACUGAGCCAUGGACUUUCUACUUUUAUUUCGCUCAGUCAAAAUAAAAAAUAUUAUACACAAACUUUGUUUGUUGUAUUUUCCAAACUUUAAAGUUUCAAGCAUCACACACUUCUGCUUCUGAUACUCCAAUAAUAAUAAUGCUGCUCACCUAACCGAUGGUGGGGCGUGGCUGUGGGCGUGUGCUGAAAAUGUAAAAUCAAUUCGGCAGCUGCACACACACAGACACUCACACAGACACAGACACACACUCACCCACACACACACACACACAAACACUCUCACACACGCGAGCGCAUAAUAAAUACCGAUCAAGAACAAAAGCACCCGACAAAAGAGAUAAUUGUUGAGCACUUGGCGAGUGGCGAGUGGCGAGUGCUAUUAAAAACUGGGCGUGGCAAUGGGCGCACAGCACUACGAACACGAACGCCCACCACGCCUGACCAUGGCCCUGAUGCUGCUAACAGUGCUAAUUAGCUGCUGCUGGCCAACAACUGGGAAUCUGGCAUUGGCUUUGGCAUCCGCAUCCGCAUCGGCAUCAGCAUCGGCCGUCGAAUGUGCCGAUUGGCAAAAUCCAACUGAUUGCAAUAGCAACAACAGAAUUUUGAACAAUAGCAACAGUGGAGGUUCUGCUUCAUCCUCAUCGACAUUGGAGCAGCUAAAUGGUUCAAUGUUGCCAGACGAUCUCCUCGAACCGGAUCUGGAACGAGAUGGAGACAAUUGGCCGCUGGAGCGCGUUGUGUCCACCAUUGUGCCCGUCUUUUUUGGCAUUAUUGGCUUUGCCGGACUCCUGGGCAAUGUCCUCGUCAUACUGGUGGUGGUCGUUAACAAACAAAUGCGCUCGACCACAAAUCUAUUGAUUAUAAAUCUGGCCGUCUCGGACAUAUUGUUCGUCAUCUUCUGCGUCCCAUUCACGGCCACCGACUAUGUGCUGCCCGAGUGGCCAUUUGGCAAUUUGUGGUGCAAAUUUGUGCAGUACAUGAUUGUGGUUACAUGCCACUGCAGUGUCUACACCCUCGUACUGAUGUCCUUCGAUCGUUUCCUGGCCGUUGUGCAUCCCGUAACAAGCAUGUCCCUUCGCACCGAGCGCAAUGCCACGCUGGCCAUCAUGUUCGCGUGGAUAACAAUUGUGACAACAGCGAUACCUGUGGCACUGUCGCAUUCGGUGCGAAUCUAUCAGUAUCAUGGACGCGCUGGCACCGCUUGUGUUUUCUCAUCCGAGGAGGAGAUCUGGAGUCUGGUUGGCUUUCAGGUAUCAUUCUUCUUGUCAUCGUACGUCGCGCCGUUGACGCUGAUUUGCUUUCUAUAUAUGGGCAUGUUGGUGCGAUUGUGGAAGAGUGCGCCCGGAUGUAAACCAUCGGCUGAAUCGCGCAAGGGAAAGCGACGUGUUACACGAAUGGUGGUUGUUGUUGUGCUGGCUUUUGCCAUCUGCUGGCUGCCGAUACAUGUCAUACUGGUGCUGAAGGCUCUCAACAUGUACGGCGGCACACAUCUAACGGUCAUCAUACAAAUCAUCUCGCAUGUUGUGGCCUACACAAACUCCUGCAUCAAUCCGAUACUCUACGCCUUUCUCUCCGACAACUUUCGCAAGGCGUUCCGAAAGGUGGUUUGGUGUGGCAGUCCGCCUCCGAUAAUGAACAACCAGCAGAUAACGAAAACAACUCGCACCACUGGCAACGGCACAUCCAAUCCAGAAAUGCUCUAAGCUGUGCUGGCAAAUUCUGGAAUAUUAAUUGGAUGUUUGGGUGUGCGACCACAAUACAAACAACAACAACAACAAUGGCAACAAAAGGUCAUUUAGAGAGACAGUUUUUAACAACAACAACAACUAAUGCAGUUACCUAAUGCAGAUAUAUAUGAAAUAUACUUUGCAUAACAUAUUUUUAGUACUUAUAACUAAUACACAUGAACGCAUUAACACGUGCAUACUCUGAGUUUGUCCUGAGUGUUGCAUAAUUAGUUGUUUAAGCGUUGAGUAUAAUUUUGAUUACAUAUAAAUAUAAUAUAUAUAUGGGAAAGUAAGAAAGAUGUAAAGUUGUCAAAGUUACUUUUAAGAAAGCGUUUCUUUUCCAAUUAUUCGAUUUACCAUCGUUAUCGAUAGUAUUUCAAGCAUCGGUGGGAAAGUUAAAGGAUGUGAAAAUGUUAAGGUUAUUUUUAAGAAAGUUUUUCUUAACUCAUUCUAUCGAUAGUAUUCCAAGCUUCAAUAGAAAUGGAAAAGUUACUUUUAAGCAAGUGUUUCGUUACUCAUUUUACUAUCGAUAUCGAUAGUAUUUCAAGCUGUUAUGAAGAUGUAAAGAAGUAAAAGUUAAUUUUAAGCCAGUGUUUCUUUACUCAUUUUACUAUCGAUAUCGAUAGUAUUUCAAGCUGUUAUGAAGAUGUAAACAUGUAAAAGUUACUUUUAAGAAAACGUUUCUUUUCCAAUUAUUCGAUUUACUAUCGUUAUCGAUAGUAUUUCAAGCAUCGGUGGGAAAGUUAAAAGAUGUGAAAAUGUUAAGGUUAUUUUUAAGAAAGUUUUUCUUUACUCAUUCUAUCGAUAGUAUUUCAAGCUUCGGUGGAAAUGUUAGAAAGAUGUGAACAUGGAAAAAUUACUUUUAAGCAACUGUGUCGUUACUCAUUUUACUAUCGAUAUCGAUACUAUUUCAAGCUGUUAUGAAGAUGUAAGCCAGUGUUUCUUUACUCAUUUUACUAUCGAUAUCGAUAUCUAUAUGGAUAGUAUUUGAAGCUUUAUUGGAAAAAUUAGAAUAAUCUUUUAUACAUUUCAGUAUCGUUAUAGAUAUCAAAAGUAUUUAACGCUUCGGUUUCGCAUCUAUAAUUUAGUUCGUUAAACGUUACUCACUUUAUAGUUUGAUCGCAUAUACUAAAGACAUCUCAUUUCAUUGUUGUACAUAUUGAAGAAAACGGUUUUUAAAUAAAUAUGAUAUAUAUAAAUAUGAGCCAGUUAGAAAGAUGAAAAGAAUAUAAUGCUGAUAGAUCAAUAUGACAAGUGGCUAAAUUAUUUCUUUUCCAAUUAUUCAACUUACUAUUAUUAUCGAUAACGAUAGUAUUUGAAGCUUCGUUUUCGCAUCGAUAAUUUAGUUUGUUACACAUUACUUUAUAAGUUGAUCAACUCAAUUCAUUGCUGUACAUAUUAAAGAAAACGUUUAUUGAAAAUACGUUUGUUAAAUGUAUUCACGAGAUCUGAUCUGAUUAAUGAAACACCGUACCAAAUCCUUUUGCUGGCACGCUGAAGCGCAACAAUUAAGACAAACAUGAAUAUGUUACAAAAAUAUAUUUAAAAAAUACCAAAAUAAAACUCUAUUUAAGUAAUUUAAUAAAUUAAGCCGUAUUAAGAAAUUGCCCCACACAAACACAAUAUACAACUAUAUACAUACAUAUAUAAUAUAUACUAUAUACUAUAUCCACAAAAAUAAUACCAAGGAAUAGAGAAUGCGAGUGUGUGCAUAAAUUAAUGUAAUAAAAGCGCGUUGUUCCAAUUACAAUUACAAUUGCAUAAAGGGCUACCAAGCAGACUUUUAUGCUAAUUACUAUGCAAACAAAGCAAAAGAAAACAAAAAUUUAUAAUAAUCAAAUUGAAUCAACAGAAUCCCUUUAACUCUGUUUGACAGCAUUAAAAAUUAAUUGAAAUGCCAUUAAAAUUGGAUUAAGCGAACAAAUGUUAAUUAACGAAAAUUCUUGUAGGUUUAUAGGCUAACAUUGUGUGUGUGUAUGUGUGUGUGAGUGUGAGUAUAGAUAUCAAUACUUAUACAAUACACUAGACAAACACAUGCAUUGCACACAUAUUCUAACAUUCAAAUAUUUGAGGUAAAAUACGUAAUGUGAUUUAUACAGAGACAAAAAAAACAAAAACAAAAAAAGAAUCCUUAAAUCGCUUUUUUCGGAUUCUUUCCUAUCGCAGAACCGUCGUCAGAUACAAAAACAAUGCUGCAAAAAAAAAACUAAAUUAAAUAUUAAUGAUUAAAUUACAAACUAGUUAAAAGUGUAUUUUUAAGAUGAUGAAUAUUAAACGAAACUAGCAUUAGAAAAUACUUAUUAAUUUCUAGUUAUAGAUACAUUUAAAUAUUCUUUUUUUUAUUACCAAUUUAUGUUCUCAAAUUAAAUUACGUUAUAAAAGUGUGAAAACCUUUCCUUUUCAUUCCAAUUUGGUUAAUU